AUGGCCCCGCCGCCACGAGUCUCCCCUUCCAGUCUACGUCCCCUGCCCACCGCACCCGCGUCUCAAGGCCUCAACGCGCCCGCCACCGCUCUCGCCCCGCCUCGCGGUCCCGCCGCACCAGGCCUCGUCCCAAACCGCGGCCCCAUCCCGAACAGAGGCCCACCCACCUCAACCGGCUCUCUUGCUCCACCACCCUCAGCCACGCCCAACGCCAUCAAGACGCCCAACGCACGAAACAAAGUGCUGCUCACACCCGGCCACUCGCCCCUCGACUGGGCAAAUCUACAGCGGAGCCGCAGCAACCUGUCGGGUGUCAGCUCGCUUGUGCGCGUCACGCCUUCGAUGCUGAAAUUCAUGAAUGGCCGCAAGGACAAGGAAACAGGGAAGAUGAAGGAUGCGUGGAGUGCUUAUCAGGGCAAGGUGUACAACAUCAGUCCCUACCUGCCCUACCACCCCGGCGGCGAAGGCGAACUUAGAAGAGCAGCUGGCAAAGACGGCACGAAGCUGUUCAUGGAAGUACAUCCGUGGGUCAACUGGGAGAACAUGUUGGGUGAGUGUAUGGUUGGCAUCCUCGUGACUGAGGAACAGGCACCCGCCAAAAGCAACCUGGAGGACAUGGACUAG